AUGAAUAUGAGCUUUGUUGUUGUCCCCGCCACUCUCCCCGAUAUCCGGGCCAUCUAUGAUGUUUGGUUUGCGGCCUUCAAAGGCCAAUUGAUCCUGGACCUCAUUUACCCGGAUACCGAUCUCAACGAUGAGGCUUUCCGUAAAGUUCACACCGAAGGGACUCUUGAAUAUUGGAAAGGAUUGAGCAUGGAGCACACCUUCCAAUGCAUUGACACUGACACCGGUAUAAUCGCCGGCAUGGCAACUUGGCAAGUCUAUUGGCGGGAAAGGACCACCGAAGAGCGUCAGAAGCCGUGGAUUGGGUGGUUAGGGGGCGACCAGCGAGAACGUGCCGAAAACUUUUUGGAGCAGCUUUGGGAAAAGAUGGAGAAGUGGAUUGGGCCCAAGAGACAUACUGCCACACAGUUGCAGUGCAUCCUGACUAUCAGGGGUAAAGGAAUUAGAGCACAGCUUAUGGAAUGGGGAAUGAAUGUGGCAGAGCAGCUGAAUUUGCCAAUCUACCUUGAGUCAACAGUGGAGGGAAUCCCGUUGUGUCAAAAACUUGGCUUCCAGACUCUCUCAGAGGGCAUUCUAUUCAAGCCCGAAAUUACCCGGGUCAACAAAGAGGUUCGAGCACCACUCAAGGUGAAAAUGCACACAGCUGUGGGAAACAUGACAUUUGAGGAAUGGGCGGAGGACAAGAGUCCCUCUGUAUAA